AUGUUGAAUGACCCUGCUCGGGGAUUGUCGCCCCAACUAACAACGAAUGCUCUCGACGCCAUCCAUCACACCCUCAACGCCAUCUCCGCCCCCGCCGCCCCCGAGCCCGCCCGCCGACACGCACACGAGCAUGAGUAUAUAGCCCCAGCCCCACGCCCAGAUAAUGAACACCCUCAGCCGCCUCGAUACGUGGCUUUCCGCCCUCUUCACCCCCCCGCCUCCCAAAAAGGUAUCCUCCAAGCAAGCCUCGCCCGUCCCGUCCCGCUCUGCAUCCCCUUCACUACAAUCCGCAUCCCGGUCAUCCUCGUCAUUACCGGCCCAGACUCUUCCUUCCACCCCUCUGGGCCGGCCCUCUACCCCAACUCAACCAAGAGCUAG